GUGGCCAAGGGGCUUUCCAGGCAGCGCAAACCGCUCUACAUCCCCAUAUAUUUUCCCCAGUAGGCACCAACCACAACCAGGCAGAGACAGAACACAACCUCUGAGAUUCCCCAUGGCUGCUUUCUGGUUGCUGCUGCUGUUCGUCGCUAGUGCAGUCCUUGUUCUUCGUACAUGGAGAGCUCGAAGUAUCAUCAGCAAGGCGCGGCAGGCAGGGCCGACGUACCCGCCGGGGCUGGAGCCGUACCCGCUGAUCGGGCACCUGCCACAGUUCUUGGCUAACCGGCACCGCGUGCUCGACUGGAUGACCGAGUUCCUCGAGCGCCAGACCACGUGCACCUUCGUGCUGCGCCGGCCGGGCGGCGUGCGGGGCGCGAUCACCGCCAACCCGGCGAACGUGGAGCACUUCCUGCGCACCAGCUUCGACCGCUACCCCAAGGGGCCCCGGUUCUCGUUGCUUCUGAACGACUUCCUCGGCCGGGGCAUCUUCAACGCCGACGGAGAGGCCUGGCGCGCGCAGCGGAAGGUCGCCAGCCACGAGUUCAACACGCGCUCGCUCCGCGCCUUCGUGGCGCGCUGCGUGCACACCGAGCUACAUGGCCGCCUCCUCCCGCUGCUGCGCCGCGCCGCGGCGUCCGGCUCCCCGCUCGACCUCCAGGACGCGCUCGAGCGGUUCGCGUUCGACAAUAUCUGCCGCGUCGCCUUCGACCACGACCCGUGCCAGCUCCCGGACGAUGGCGACGCCGGGGCGGACAGCAGCUUCGCCGAUGCGUUCCGUGACGCCGAGAAUCUCAGCGCGGGCCGGUUCCGGUACGCGCUCCCCGGGUUCUGGAAGAUCAAGAAAGCCCUGAACGUGGGUUCUGAGAAGCGGCUGCGGGAGUCCAUAGCGAUGGUGCACGAUUUCGCCGAUCGCAUAAUCCAGUCGCGCCGGGAGGAGAUGCUGACUGCCGGUUUUGACAAGCACGACCUCCUGUCGCGGUUCAUGGCGAGCCAGGACGAGACCUACUCCGAGUCUGAGGUGCCUCUCCGCGACGUGGUGAUCAGCUUCCUACUCGCGGGGCGGGAGACCACGUCGUCGGCGCUCACCUGGUUCUUCUGGCUGCUGUCCUCGCGGCCGGACUUGCAGCGCCGCAUCCGCGACGAGGUCGCUGCUGUGCGCGCCCGGCGGCGUGCACAAGGCGACGUCGAUAGCAUCGUCGGGUUCGACCUGGACGAGCUCCGCGAGAUGCACUACGUGCACGCGGCCAUCACGGAGUCGAUGCGGCUGUACCCGCCGGUGCCGAUUAACUCGCUGCGGGCGGAGACGGACGACGUCCUGCCCGACGGAACAGCCGUGCAGGCAGGGUGGUUCGUGGCGUACAAUUCCUAUGCGAUGGGGCGGAUGAAGUCGGUCUGGGGCGACGACGCGCGGGAGUACCGGCCGGAGCGGUGGCUGAACACCGGCGACGGGACGUUCCGGCCGGACAGCCCGUUCCGGUUCGUGGCAUUCCAUGCGGGGCCGAGGCUGUGUCUGGGCAAGGAGAUGGCGUACAUCCAGAUGAAGUCCAUCGUGGCGUGCGUGCUGGAGGAGCUCGACGUCGCGGUGGACGGCGCGCACCAGCCCCGACCGGUUGCGUCGCUGACGCUGCGGAUGGCGGACGGGCUCCCUGUGACCGUGAAGCCGAGACGGGACUGACGAACUGCUGUCACAAACAACUGCAGACUCUGCAGGAGGCUGAACAUUUGGAAAGAAAUGGUGUACCUUUUUCCUAUACGUGAAUAAAUCCACUAAAUUCGUCUAUUUCUCUAUUUCUUUCGGAAAAGCACCUCUCAGUUGCUUAAAGUUCAAUGGCAAUUCUUGUACUGGCAAUUUUUUUGAGAUCCGCAGAAUUUGUUCGGGGUUUGAUGUCCAAAGUCCAAACUCCCCUAUUCUUGUACUCAUCUUUUGUGCGGACUUUUCAGCAGUAUAUAGGUACGUUCUGUAUAGAAAGAAUUUGUAUUCCUUCA